AUUCCUUCAGUCACUUGCAACUCCUGCUGUCAGACCAUGGACUGCAUGCAACAGACAACACACAACAUCACUGACACUAACACUGACCACUGCCGACUGAAGUUAGUCAACUUUGAGACUGAAGAAAACCACAUUUUCCAUGAGACACAGGGGCUCAGUAAAGAGCACUUGGUGGUGCGGCGAGGGAAACCGUUCAAACUCACUCUGCUGUUUCGCAGCCGGUUGUGGAACCUUCAGACUGAGAGGCUAGUCCUGGAGGUUGUGCUAGGCAGUCUGUCAGAGAAGAUACCAGUCCAGUUCUCUGACAAGUGGUCUGACCCCCGAGGCUGGUCAGCCAAAAUCUAUCCAUCCAACAUGCGUCCCCAGUCGGUCGUCAUCCACGUCUGCUCCCCUGUUCUGUCCUCAGUGGCGCUGUAUGACCUCCUAGUCCACAUAGAGACCAUACAGGACAGGAGGAGCUAUGCAGUAGGAUCAUUUGUGCUGCUCUGCAACCCAUGGCUGAAAGAUGAUCCAGUGUACAUGCCACUGGAUGUCCAAAUACAAGAGUAUAUCAAGAGUGAUUAUGGGCUGGUCUACAUGGGCACCCAUCUAAACAUUAGUAAGCGGCCCUGGUCUUUUGGUCAGUAUGAGCCUGGGGUCCUAGAGGCAUGCCUGAAGCUCCUGCAAGUCAGCCCGCAGCAUCUCAGUAACACCCACAGAGACUACAUUCUACGAGCAGACCCCGUCUACCUCAGCAGGGUGGUCUGUGCUAUGGUGAACUGUAAUGACGACAUGGGCAUUCUGGUGGGGAAGUGGCAGGGCAGCUACAAAGGUGGUGUCACACCUACAGAGUGGAGCGGCAGCGCGGACAUCCUUCACCGCUGGGCUUCAUCCAACUGCAGGCCUGUGCGCUAUGGGCAGUGCUGGGUCUUUGCAUCUGUCCUCUGUACAGUGAUGAGAGUGCUGGGGAUUCCUUCCAGGGUGGUGACAGUUUUUAACGCAGCCCAUGACGGUGAUGGCAGCCUGAAAAUUGAAGAGCUUUACACAAGCAGAGGGGAGAAGCUUGGCCUGUCAAAGGACAGCAUUUGGAACUUCCAUGUGUGGGUGGAGUGCUGGAUGAGAAGACCAGACCUUGGUGAAGGGUUUGACGGCUGGCAGGUAGUGGAUGCAACCCCGCAGGAGAGGAGUGCAGGGAUAUACUGCUGUGGCCCUUGCCCAGUAGUUGCUGUCCAGAAACAUUGCCUCGGCGCCCCAUUUGACACCUCGUUCAUCUAUGCCUCUGUUGACGCUGACGUCAUACGGCUGAUCGUGCGUGACGGUCUGGUGGUGGGGAGGAUGGUGGACACUGAGUCGGUGGGACAGUUGAUCUACACCAAGAGCAUCGGCUCAGACAGACCGGAGAAUCUGACGCAGACUUACAAGAGAACGAAAAAUACAGAAUCUUUUGUUGGCUUGAGGCUUGUCAGAGAGAGAGAUAAAAGAAAGAUUCAUAAAGAAAAAGGAAUGUCACCCAGUUUGGAAGUGUCCCUAACCCUAGAUAGGGUACCAUUAGUGGGCGAGAACAUCAACAUGUGUGUGAUGGUCAUAAACCAUUCAAGCAGCCCCAGGGUCCUGAUGGAACAUCUGAACGCUCAGCUGAAAGAGUAUAACAGCAGCCUGGUGGAGACCUUCUGGAAAACACACAAACAGGUGCACAUACAGCCGCAUGAAGUUUUGAGACUCUACCAUGACAUCCCUCCCUCUGAAUAUGAGUCAGUCCUGGCAGGUGAUGACAUUGUGAACCUGGCAGUGGUGAUAAAGGACGUGAGGACAAAGGAGAGAGUCCUGGAUACACAGGAGUUCAAUAUCGGUUCACCACAGAUAACCAUAGAGAUCGAAGGAGGGGGCAGCAUCCAGUUAAAGAAGGAGCACACAGCCUGGGUCUCCUUCACCAACAUGUUUACCAAGCCUCUGAAUGGAGCUGUGCUGACCGUGGAGGGAUCUGGCUUGUUACAGCACAAGCAUGAGGCCAGGCUGGUGCUCCUGCAGCCGGGUAGGAAGAUAGAAAAGAAGGUUUCCAUCAUGGCUACUUCACCUGGCACUAAACUGCUGAUGGCCACUUUCUCACACAGCAGCAACACUCGCAUCGUCUCUAGGAGUUUCCAGAAAGUCUCUGUCAUGACUGCAUGACAAGCUUCAACAACAUCUUUAACCUUUUGAGUAAGGUUAGAUCGAAAGCAUGCACCUCAUGUAAAAUUCCUUUUUUUUCUUUUUGCACUGAAACAUGCAAAAAGUACAGUUUUUAUUCUUUUCAUUUCAAGCAAAGAUGCAGAACAGAUGCAGUCUAUAUUCACUGAUCCACACUAAAUAAUUGAUACUGUAUAUUUUGUAUAUAUGAAACAGAAUAUUUGUGUAUUUUGACAUUCAUGGUUAUAUCCCCUUUUAUACAGUUAGGGUUAUAUGGUUUUGCAUUCAUGUACUAAACUCACUUGUGUAUAUCUUCACACUGCUUGUUCAUAUAUAAAUAAUACAAAAUGUAUAUUUUGCCAUCGAUAUGAUUCUAAAAAUUGAGAAUGAAAUCUGUCAGGAACCAAAAUAUAAUAUAAAUAUUAAUAUAUUUUUCAAAAAGUGGUGUUAUAUGACCUGUAAAUAAAAUUUUAUCACAAUGAUCAGUCUUGUCUUGUUCAUCAUGUCAGUGAAGCUCAUCACCCUCCAUUGGCCCAUAUCACAGAACAGUUGAUAGAAAACUGAGUCUGAAUGAUUCCUCUGUUCCUCUGACAAAGGGACAAAUAUGGAUUCAAAACACUGUAUUUUUCCUAAUGUAAUUAAGAAGACUUCUUAAAGGGAGCAGAUGACAGUGAGUCCACUGGGAGAUAAAAGGAAGAACGCACCUGUCUCACACUUGGACAAGAUAGACGUUUUCACACUGAUUGUUCAUAAAAUAAUGUAAAGAAUAAACACUGUUUAUUUUACUUCUGAU